AUGGCAGAGACCAGUAGCCUCAAGCAGCCUCGCCGCAUGUCUGCAAAUGGCUUUGCAAAAGCACAUUACUCACCGCCAUGGGCUGAUAUGUCCCUGAUUGGAAUUGCUGGGUCUUCUGGUUCUGGCAAGACUUCGCUAGCUGUUGAGAUCGUGAAAGCACUAGACCUCCCGUGGGUGAUUAUUCUGUCUAUUGACUCCUUCUAUAACUCUUUGACAGCCGAACAAAAUCGCCUCGCUCACGCUAAUGAGUUUGACCUCGAUUCACCAGACUCGAUUGAUUUCGACCUCCUUUGUAAAUGUCUGACCGAACUAAAGCAAGGAAAACGCACAAAUAUUCCCGUGUACUCAUUCGAGAAGCAUCAAAGACUGGAAAAGACGAUCUCUUUAUAUUCACCACACGUCGUCGUACUCGAAGGCAUACUGGCACUCCAGGAUCCGAGGAUAUUGGGUUUGCUUGACCUCAAGGUCUACAUGGAAGCCGACGCUGAUGUAUGCUUGUCGAGAAGGAUAGUACGCGAUGUGCGAGAGAGAGGACGCACCAUUGAAGGCACUAUCAAGCAAUGGUUCAGUUCUGUUAAACCGGCUUUCACAAAGUACGUUGAGCCUCAACGCGAGGUGGCAGAUCUUAUCGUGCCAAGAGGUAUGAUGAACAAAAUGGCUAUCACGAUGAUUGUGGGUCAAACCAGGCAGAUUCUCAAGGACAAGAGUGUGAAGCACCGCGCCGAACUCGAACGCCUCGGACAGGGUGUGGAAGACCAGCCCCUGUCUCCGAAUGUUAUGUUGCUUGAGGAAAGGAAACAGAUAAAAGCUAUCAUGACGCUUCUUCGGAAUCCGGCAACAGCAUCGAUCGAUUUUUCCUUCUACCUCGAUCGAAUGACUGCCUUACUAGUGGAGAAAGCACUCGACUGUCAUAACUUCGUACCAGACAGAGUCACCACUCCUCAGAAACUGUCAUAUAGUGGACUAAAGUCAGCAGGCAAGGUAUCUGCAAUUGUUAUACUCAGAGGUGGAGGCUGCAUGGAGUCCGGCUUGAAGAGAACAUUGCCGGAUUGUUUGACAGGGCGUCUACUCAUACAAUCCAACUACCGUACAGGCGAGCCGGAGCUUCAUUACCUCAAGUUGUUCCCAGAUAUUGCAGAGCAUGAGACAGUCCUGUUGCUCGAUCCGCAGAUGUCAAGCGGUGGUGCAGCAUUGAUGGCCGUGAAGGUACUCGUGGACCACGGAGUCUCUGAGAAGAAGAUUGUAUUUGUGACAUUUAUGGCAGGCAGAAGAGGUGUCAAUAGAUUGACUACCGUCUUUCCAGGUAUCAAAGUGGUAGCUGGUGAAAUAGUCGAUGACUACCAGAGGAGAUGGAUUGAGGAACAGUACUUUGGAUGCUAA